AUGGGUGAAGAUGAGCUUCAGAGCCAGCAGUUGGAGGAUCCCAACUCGGCCAUCACAGCUCUUGGCAACGUCAACAGGACCAUGGAAAGGGCAGAAAAGGUCGGCGACCCGGAGAGGGGAAAAGAUCAAGAGAAAUUGUAUCUCAGUAGAUCCCAAGCCCUCGAGCAUGCUCGAAAGCAACCGAAGAAUGCUCUGCCCAUCUGUGUCGUCUUUUCCCCGGACGACCCGGCCAAUCCCCGCAACUGGCCCAGGUGGAAGAAAUGGUAUCUUUCCUCCUUUGUCUCUUUCUUGAACGUUCUCACUACAUGGUGCGCUGGAGCGGUAUCUUCGGGCGGGGACGAUAUCGCGGCCGAGUUUCACGUCUCAUCGGAGGUGACGGUGCUGCUGCUGUCCAUGUACGUGCUUGGGUAUGCCGUGGGUCCCGUCAUGUUGGCGCCCCUCUCGGAGCGGUACGGGCGGCAGCCGGUCUAUGUGGCCAGCUGGUUCCUGUUAUUUCUGUUCCAGCUCCCCAUCGCCCUGGCGCCCAACAUUGGCACGCUCAUCGUGUGCCGAUUCAUCGGCGGCUUCGCUGGUAGCGCGCCACUCACCAACACCGGCGGCACGAUCUCCGACUUGUGGAAACGCAACGAAAGCGGCGGCCCGAUGGCUGUCUAUGGGCUCAGCAGCACAUUCGGGCCACCGAUGGCCCUGGUCAUCAGUGGCUUCGUUCCACUCAAUCAUGAACUCGGGUGGCGCUGGAUCUUCUGGAUCUUGAUGGCCAUUACUGGUGGCUUCUGGGUCCUACUGGUACUCACGGUGCCCGAGACGCGCCAUGCCAUCAUCCUGCAGCGUCAAGCCCGUAGGCUGCGGAAACAGAUGGCCAAGGAGGGCUUGGCUACUAGUGAGACGUUGCGAGAUGAGAACGCCGAUGAUCGCAUGGGCCUCAAAGGGCUGUUCAGCAUAACGCUGACACGACCGCUGCAUUUUCUUUUCACGGAGCCUAUCACCUUCUUUGCUGCAGCGUACAACGGAUUUCUGUACGGGAUUGUCUACAUCUUCAACGAGUCUUUCCCAAUCGUGUUUGGCCCUCAGGGCCAUGGUUUCAACACAGGUCAGGUCGGACUAUCGUUCCUCGGGGUGGCCAUUGGCCCCUGCAUUGCUUUCUGCUUCUAUCCACUGCAGGAGCGGUACUAUCUCAAACGGGUAGCGCAUAAUGACCAGAAAGGCGUCCCCGAGGCCAGAGUCUGGAUGGCUCGGUGGGGUGCCGUCUUCAUUCCUGUUAGCCUGUUCUGGUUCGCUUGGACCAGUUACCCGAGCAUACACUGGAUUGCGCCUAUCCUCGCUUCGGCCCUGUUCGGUGCAGGCAUCUACAUCAUCAUCCUGAGCAUCUUAAAUUACGUUGUUGAUGCAUACCAGACAUACUCUGCUAGCGCUUUGGCUGGAGUUAUUUUGGUUCGCAACCUCGUGGGAGGCGGGUUCCCACUGUUCGCUACUCAGAUGUAUGAAAGACUUGGCAAGGAAUGGGCAUCGAGUCUACUAGGCUUUAUUGCCAUUCUCCUUGUGCCCAUUCCUUGGGUGCUUUUCUACCGGGGAGAAGCCAUCAGAUUAAAAAGCCCAUGGGCCAGGGAGCAUUUCGAACAAGACGAAGAUGCAACUCAUUGA